AUGAUGCGAAUCGCCGUUGCUGGCGGAGGCGGCCUGGGAUACCUGCUGGCGUCGCAGCUUUCGCAGGCGGCAAACGCCUACAACAUCGUCGUGCUCUCCCGCUUUGCCAGGACCGAAUACCAACCGUACGACAUCGCCGUUCAAGUAGUGGACUAUGGCGACUUGGAGAGCCUCACAUUUGCGCUGCGGGGCGUCGACCUGGUUCUGUCCACGGUGACGGGCCGUCCGCAGAUGAACCUCAUCCAAGCCGCCGUGCGCAGCCUCGUGCGCACGUUUGUGCCUGCCGAAUUCGAGGGCAGCCUGUCUCAGCGGCACGCUUCGUCCUCCUCGUCUUCAUCUUCAUCCAGCUCGUCGCACUGCCCACUUCCCACAGAUCAGGAUUCGGCCAACUGCCUCGCUUUGCUGCGCCAGCUGGCCUCCCGGUCGCAGAUACGCUACACGGUCUUCUCGUGCGGCAUGUUCAUGGAGCGGCUGCACCCGUAUGGGUUGGGCCAUUUCGGCGCCGGGCGCCGCGCCGCUGCCGACCGCGCCGCCGACUUCCUCGUCGACAUCCUCGGCGCGACCGCCGAGUACCCGGAUCGCGAUGCCAAGGACCGGUCUGUCCGCGUUUGCAUGUCGAGCAUCUACGACGUGGCCCAUUUUGUCGUCGCCGCGAUCGACCUCGGCCCCGAGCGCUGGCCGGAAGAGUUCACCAUGCGCGGCGACCGGAUGACGGUGCGCGACCUCGUCAAUACAUGUAGCAUGGUCCGCAAUGUCGCCUUCAACCACCAGGUGCGCUCCGUGUCUGAACUACGCAGGCUUGGCUCCUGGUGCGUUCAGGCCGGCGACACAGACCGUGCCGCCUACUACCAGCGCCUGUUGGCCACAGCGCUUGGCCGUUACGACUUUAAACGUGCCACCCUCAACGAGGCCAUCGAGCGCGACGGGAACAUCGAAUGGGUGCCCCUGAACCUAAACCGGUGGCUGACCGACGUAUGCUUGCCGCUAUCGAUGUGA